AUGCCUAUCCCUUCUGAAUCUCCUGAGCGUAAGGCAAUGCGCAAGCCUUUGCGUAGCCUGGAGAGGCACAUCACUGGGCUUGAGCCGGACCAUCAGAUCGAAAUGGAUUCAUCUGAGAUCGAUCAAAUCCGAUUCCUGCCCAUGGUCUUGGACGAAGACUCAAAGGACAGGCCUACUUAUUUUUCUCCAAUUCCCGCCUCCUUCUUUGUGAACCCAGAUGACGAGUUUGACAAGGAAAAAGACCUGGAGUACCCCGAUUUUGAUUCAUUGCCCGAAGAUGACAAGUCCCCAUUCGACUGUGCACGUUUGGUCGACCAUCAUUUCUCGUGUUAUGCCUCGAGUUAUUAUUACAGCAAGACGCCUCCGGGCGGUGAGAUCGUGUGGUCUUCCAUCACAACCCACAAGCGCGUGUACAAGGACCUCGAUCGUUAUAAGUAUCCAGAGUUUUGGACAAUGUCUUAUCAAGGGGUCAAAGAAGGGCCAUUUGCACAUAUGAAGACCUGCAUCCUGAACAACCUGAACGCCAAUGACGACCAAAUCCUUCAAGGAGAACUGCUUCCGAUCUUACGUCUGAUGAUAGCCCAUCUCAGAAGGGCCCGUUUCAUCGAUCAUAUGGUUGCACCAGUGAUGGCUUUUUCUUUCAUGGGCCCGCAGCAUGCUCGCGUCAUCGAAGCCUACAUGGACGGCCAUACUGUCGUGGUGCGUACGACCAAAUUGUAUGAUCUUCGUACCAAGGAUGCCGCAGCUUUCGAAACAUUCGCUCAGUGGUACUAUGGAAAGCCACGUGCACCUACGGGAUCUUCUCAGUAG